AUGCCGUCUUGCAGGAGUCAGAGACAAACAUAUCGUCAGUCAGACGCCAGAAAGUUUGUCCCAAGUAACUGUGGUGAGGGCAUGACUUUUGCGGAGAUGCAGACCUCUUGUGGCCAGCAAAGGCACAAUUUUCAAUUCAACAAGAUACCAUCAAAAGAGUGCCAAAAGGUCGGAUUAGAGGGGCGCAAAGUCCCCUGCCGAGUGCCACAAGAGGAGUUCAACCAACGAAAGGCAAUGCCGAAGCGGCCAAAAUGUCUGGUCUCUUCAGACAAACCGGGAAACUGUACACACCCAACGAGCAGCGGUAUUGUUUACAGAGAUAAGCUGGGAGUUAUGCUGAAGUUGAAAAGGAGAACGACCAACGCAGAGGGAGGAGAUAACCUCUGCUGCAAGACCUGCAGACAAAAGGAUAGCAUCAAUCCAUCUUGUCUUGGCUCGGUGCUAACGUGUAGUCGCGGUGCGACCACCUGUUUGCACGCGUUUUUCUCCCGUCGGCAUUAUUUGACUCGGCUCUCCAUUUUUCAAUUAUACCCGAUCUGCUCUUCUGCCGCAUUUGCCCAACCCACGACUGCACAUGUGCCCGCUGCAAGUGUGCAUAUGUACUGGCGGUAUCUUCUUUCGCCGUCCAGUCAAAGCCUCUCCGUGGGCGUCUGCCAAAAGGGCUCUCUUCCCGUAUCCACCGGAUCCUGGCAGCCCCCUUACCCCUACACGAGGCUACCGGCUUCCUUGCCCAUUCCCUCGCGCUGGCCCGCCCCCUCUUUUCCCGCUUCCUCCACCUCCCCAGCCUCCUCUCGGCGUCCCUCCAGUCCGGCGGCAACUCUUCGUCUAGGCCCAUUCUGGAAGCAGUUGCCGGGACGCCUGAAGAGCCAGCCUCGGUCUACUGAAGCCGGUUGA